GGCUGGCCUCGUGAACUUGUUUACUCUUUCUCUUCUUCCUCAUCCUCAAUCCCUCGUUUGGUGGCGAUCUGGUUCGAGUAGCAAUGCUCUUCGAAUUUUGAAUAGUUUCUUUCCAAAUGCUUUGACAUCCAGAGUUCACAAAGUACAAUUUGCAGCAUGGCUCGAAACGGCGACGGAGAGAUGGGGAGGUUGCUCGAUGGGCAUCCGGACGACCCUAUCGACGAGUCUACUCAAACGAAUCUUCUCCCCAUGGAUGAAUUCUCCGACGACAGCUCCCCUCCAACCCCGCGAUUUAUGCAAGACCAAGGAUCAUAUCGACACCUGAAAUGGGUUCCUGUACCGUUUCGAAAAUUCAGCAAAGCAGUGGUGAAGUGGGUAAAGGGACCGGAUAUACCUGAAGCACAUACCAUCAAGCCAUUGUUUCCAUUUAUACAAGAAGCGCCAAUUCGAUUCUUGGAUAAACACGUCCCCAAGCGAAGGCACAGGAUACUGCUCUUGAUCUCAUUCUAUUUCUUGUGGGUAUUGACCUUUGCUUUGGUCAUGCAUGGCGGAAAUACUGCAACGGAAAUAGAAGGAUGGGGAAGGCCAGGGAAUAUAGGCUGUGGGAAUACAUACUGGGUUCCAGGUAAUCGAUGUGGUCUCAACGGGAAUGAUUGUCGGCCAUUCAGUGGAAGCGGCUUUGCAUUUCGAUGUCCCGCGAACUGCGCUGGGCAGUGGGUGUGGAAUCCGCGGGCAGUGGGUGACCAAGAAAUCUCCUACCAACCUCUUGUUAUCGGAGGACCCUCGGAGGACGACGAGACACCCAUCUAUCGAAGCGAUUCCUUCAUUUGCAGCGCGGCUAUCCAUGCUGGAGUCAUUGAUAACACAGUCGGCGGGUGCGGAGUUGUCUCUCUGGUUGGAUACCACACCAAUUUCCACAAUUCAAGCAGGAAUGGCAUUGAUAGCAUACCCUUCGAUUCUAAUUUUCCGUCAUCCUUUACCUUCCACAACAAGAUUACUUGUGAGGCGAAUGAUGCCCGCUGGGAAUUGCUAUUCGUAUCACUUACUUUUACGAUCUUAUUGUCACUCUUUACUACAUCGCCUGGAGUUUUCUUCUUCAGUAUAUUUAUCGGACUCUUCUUCCACGUUGGACUGGCUUCAGACCCGCCAUUUACUGGUGAUACAGCGUCCCUGGUAUCCAAUCUUCUAGGCAAGCUUCUACCGGCAGCUUUCUGCUCAUAUGUUAUGUAUGUGAAUAUGGGAGUACGUCGAAUAUUGGUUGGUCUCACGGCUCAAAUCGAGAAAACCGUCCUAUGGUUGGGAGGUUGUUGGCUUGGAUCGCUCACAAACUACACAUUUGAAAGAUGGAUUCCAAUUCAGCGGUUGAAUGGUCACGACCUGAAGCAGCAGCCAGGAGCAAUAAUGGCUCUAAUCGUCAUCGCCGUCAUUCUGUUUUUCAUUGUAAUAAAGCAGAUAUAUUUCUUCCAACGUGAGGGACGUUUAGUCCAAUACUUGGGUAUAUAUGGAAUAUUCUUGGGUGGGAUUUUUGUAUCCCUUCUACUUCCCGGCCUCAGUCUCCGGAUCCAUCAUUACAUACUGGCAUUACUGCUUCUUCCUGGAACGAGCAUGCAAACUCGGCCUUCCCUGCUCUACCAGGGAAUUCUCAUCGGAUUUUUUAUCAACGGCAUCGCGAGGUGGGGCUUUGAUCCAGUUCUCCAAACACCAAAGGCUCUCCAAGGAGACGCACAACACAAUUCAAAACUCCCCCAUAUCUCACCACCAACAAUUCAGCUUGGAGAAAACACCUCGAGCAUCAGAUUCUCCUGGUUGCCUCCACCCGAGCCAUUUGACGGCAUCAGCGUCCUCGUCAACGAUGUCGAACGAUUCCGAGGCUACACUGAUGAGGGCUUUGCAAGCGACAAACACUUCGUUUGGACGAAAGAUCCGAGGGCUAAUGAGCCAGAAUUCUUUCGAUUUGCAUAUAUGGAAGGAACACAGAGUUGGGAUUAUACACGAGCGGGGAUUUGGAAUGCGGAUGGAUCAUGGACGGAAAUGCAACCUGGGGCGAGCAAGAUAAAGAGCACAUCGCUGGAUGGGGAGAAGAUGACGAGGUAGAGUAUAUAUGUAAUGACUAGAUGAGAUUACGUUCUCCAUGAAUCCAUGGAUAGUUUCGAAAUCUCAAGUCUCAAUGUAAGAUUACCAGAAUUGUUGGGACAUUGGAUGCAACAGAACUUCGAGGACUAUCAUUAUUCGGUGGCCAUGUAUUCAGAAAUCCUAACGUGUCAAUCCGACUUCAGAUACGACCUACAACAAAGCUUCGAG